GCAGUUAAAAAUAAGUAGAAGAAGACGAUAGUUGCGGGAAAACUGAAGCGGAUGGCCCCUGAGUUAACUCCAAAAUCUAAGAAAACAAGCUUUUUUCCAAACAUCACCAUGAAAACCCCAAACGCCACAGAUAUCAAAAGGGGGAUUUCAGUCCUUUGGGAGACUCUGCAGUGUCCCAUAUGCUUGGAUUUAAUGACUGCACCUGUGUCUACUAAGUGUGACCAUCAGUUUUGCAAAUUUUGUAUGAUGAAGCUUUUGGAAAACACCAAACAAAACAGGGUUAACUGUCCAGUGUGUAAAGCCAAGAUAACUAAAAGGAGCUUACAGGAGAGCCCUGGGUUUCAGAGACUUGUAGUAGGAUUGCAGGACAUGAUACAGGCAUAUGAACAUGACACUGGCACAAACUACUUAACUGGUAUGCCCCAGCAAAACAGACAAGCAGGAGCCACAAAUGCUGAAGCUACUAAAAACUGUCAUGAUGUGUCAUCUGGAGAGACACCUGGCCUUUACUGGGACAAUGCGGAAAACAAUUAUGAUCUUCCAAGGUCUUGCUCCUCAACUGUAGCAGCCCAGAAUGGGUACGCAAGACUUAUGGAGCUUGAAGACACAAGUCCUUUGACAACAGAAAAUGAAGGCCUGGACAGUGGCCUUGGAGAGGCGCCGCCAACUUCUGACAAGAAAAUGCACAGCCCUUCAUCAAUCCCAGACGAGACUGAACACAGACCUUUAAGAAAGUCCUUAAGGAAGAAACCGAAAAAGGAUAAUGACAAGAUUCUUGACCACAAACAGAAGAAAAGUCUAGAGAAAGUCGCCGAGUGGCUCAUGAAAGUUCCAACUGAAGGAAGUCUCGAGUUAGAGAAACCCAACGAUGACGCCGAGGACUCUGACAGCUGUUCUUCCUCUUCAACAAUAGAUGUCAAGCAACACAAUAGUGAUGUGAAUCCUAGGAGAGCGGAUCGGGCCAAAGCCCUUGAGGAGCAGGUGUUCGGGGCCGUCUACAAACGAGAGCGAAGAGGGAACAGGAGCGUCUCUCUUCCGCUUAAUGUAUUUGUUGAACCACCAACAAUUAAAAAAACCCAGACAGCUUCCAAAAGAAAGAAGAAAAACACUCUCACUCCUGCUAAAUCCAGCUCUGGAGAUAAAGAUGAAAGUGACAUGGAAGAAGAGCAACAAGUGAUAGAUGAAGUAAAGAACACCAGCAGUGACAUUUUUAAAGAAGCAGAGGAAAAUGGCGAAGAUGAGAUUCUGUGUCCCUCGUCUGAUGUUAGACAACAGCAACCCGAAGGAAAGUCAAAGAAAAGGAUGUGUGAUACUCUGCAGCAGUUCGACAGCGAUUUGCAAGAGCAAGCUAAGGCAAAGUCAGAAAGUACUGAGGAAAAGAAAAGUGACAAGAGGAAAGGUAAAAGCAUAAGGUCACAAAAAGGCAAGCCUGCUAGAGCGCCAAAACCCCUUGUUUUGGUUGGAGUUCAAAAUGAAGAAACUAAGACUAGACCAAGGUCAGAAGAAGUCCAAGUUCAUAUUGAGAAUUACCCUAGCAGCGAGGACCAAGAAAUCCCUGUCACAAGGAGCAACAGGAGAAGUAGAAGACUUCAACUCUUCGCAGAGGAAGUCCAGGAAGGACACAAGAAAGCAAAUUUGAGAGGCGAUAUACCUGAAAAAGACAGAAAUGCUGCAAAGCAAUCUGAGGAUGCCAAAGGUGGAACAUUGGAUAAGACGGCAUCACCUAAGCAUGGAAACAUGACAAAGGGAGCUGAAAGAAAUGGAUGUAUUUGUGAUCAAGACUUAGGAGGAAUAGAAAACAUGGACUCUGGUGUGAGGACGUCUUAUUUGAAAUCAACAGAAAAUGCUGAAGUGCCAAAUGCUGAAACUGUGUCUGAAGCUAGCGCUGCUUGUUAUGCCUCCGUGGUCCCAAAUUCUACAAGUCCAACUGAAGCAGGUGUGCUAGAUGCUACGCUUGAAAGUGACAGUCCAAAGAGUAAUUUCCCAAACAAUAUUCAGCUGGAGACCUCCGCUUGUGAGACUAAAUGCGCUGGAACAGAAAACGAGGAGGAAAAGAAUGACAGCGAGGUGGACACAGAGCAACUGCUGUGGAGCUUCAAAGCCACUAAACGGAAAUCCUUCCACCUGGGAGGUCCAAAUGUGAAAAGGAGCCGUAGCGUAGAUGAAGAAAACAUGCAGGGUGCCAAAACAGAGGAGAACCAGCGCGUUUGUUCUGGUGUUGGAUCUGCAAAAAAUCAGAUCCAUAAAAAGACAUCUAGAAUCACAAACCAAGAGGCAUUGAGAGACAAUGAAAACUCAUCUUGUAGUGAUUUGAUCUCCCCUUCCAUCUCACCCGGCCUGACAAGAAAAAGAUUUGUUGAGAAACCAGAUCAAGUUGUGGUAGAAGCCUCGAUCCCUGAGAGCAGUUGUUCAAGUCAGGACAUUGCUGGUGGUCACUGCAUCUCCAGGGAUAGCAUUAGCAGUGCCCUUACUCCAAAUAAAGUCUCAAAGUGUGAAAGAGAAAGUCCUCAUCUUUCUGUUGUGCCUCAGGUAGUAGAUUCUGGGCUGCUCUUCACAGCCGUUGAACACGAGAAGCUAAAUGCACCCUCAAAGUAUUCUACAAUCACAGAGAAUCGCCUUGAUUGUACCGUGAGAGACGCUGGCAGAGUGGAGGAGAUGAGAGACAGCGUUUCAGCCGCCAGUGGGAAACACUCGGGCAACGCCGCCGAACAAUCUUUAAACACAGAGUCUUCUUUAACCCCUGAUGGCCUUGGAAUACCAGUUGUACAAAUCGUCCACGAGGCGAAAUCGUACAGCGGCAGUAGCGGACAGCUCAGCGCCCAUUCCUCCAUCAAGAGCAUGCCCAGGAAGAGGACAAGGGCCCAGAGGCUCGAAUCCUCAUCGGAGUCAGAUUGCAGCGGAGAGGGAUUACCGACAUUGACUGAAAUUUUUGGAAUGUCAGCCCCUCCCUCUGCUGUUACCCAGGAUCAGGGAGACUCCGGUGAAGCUAACAACAGAUGUGGGGGCGUUAAAGCUGAUGCGGCGGAACACUUGAGCCGUCCACCUGCGUGCCCCAGCCCUGAAUGCAUUGACAGCAGCCAAGCGUCUGUGGACUUGUUUGGCACGCCAGAUGAAUGUGAUGUUCCAGUAAAUGACACCGGCGUUUCCAUGGAAUCGUCACAAUUUUCAAGCGAAGUCCUUGUCACACAGCAAAAGAUAGCAAUGCAGAAGGAGCUGGUGAGGUUGGAGAAGUUGAUGGCUCUGGUGUCAGAGGUGCUUCAGGAGAAAGAAGAAAGUCCCACCAAAGAAGUUCCCUCAGAAACAAAGCAGAGCAGCAAAACCACAGGCCCAGACACCCACAGACCCCUCCCGUGUGACCAGGGCACAGUCCAAGGAUCAGACCUCAAAGCUGUGCCUGAAGCAGAACGAGAGCCGAGCACAGGACCGUCUGAUGGCAAAGGGGCCCCCCAGCCCACCGCAGAGAUGUCCAUGCAGCGAUCCACGCACAAAGGAAACAAUGUAACAGGCACCGGAGCCUCCAAGACACUUAGUUCAAGUUCAGCAGUCAAAACUUUAAAGAAUGAUGGUUCACCAUCAGAUGCACAAGAAGACAAAGAAAAUAACACUCCUCUAAGAGAUAGAAGUAAAGCUAAGAUGGUGCUAGUGACAUCUGGGUUAGGCCCCAAUGAACAGAUAAUGGUGAAAAAGUUUGCCAAGCGAGUUGGUGUCCGUGUGGUUUCCCAGGUGACUCCAGAGGUGACCCAUAUUAUAAUGCACACAGAUGAACAACUGGUAUGUGAGCGCACGCUGAAGUAUUUCCUUGGCAUUGCAGGCAGGAAGUGGGUGGUGAGCUUCCAGUGGAUAUCAGAGUGCUUCAAACAAAAGAAGCUCUUAGAUGAGAGUCUCUAUGAAGUUAAAGGUGAUGUGGUGAAUGGGCCAAACCACCAGGGCCCCAUGAGAGCUCGCACCACUAAAGACAAUAACUUACUCAUGAAGGGCUACAAGAUCUGCUUCCAAGGGCCUUUUACAGACAUGACUACAGAUGAAAUGGAGUGGAUGGUGGAGCUCUGUGGAGCAGCUGUAGUCAAAGAUCCACUUCUCCUCGACAGUAAACAGAAGUCCCAUCAGCUGGUCAUUGUACAGCCUGGAUCAGAGUCGUCAUCAUCCACAUCCAGCAGUCUUUCUACACAAGCCACAGUUGUGACACGUGGUUGGCUGUUGGACACCGUGGCAACCUAUACCCUUCAAAACUACAAGAAAUACACAACAUGAGUAACCAAGUGCAUUAAAUCCACAGCCAUGCAUUGUCUUCCAUCUGUUUUUUUGAUUAGCUUAAAGCUGUUUGUAUUGUAUGUGCAUGGCAUGAUGUAUAUAAAGUUAACAGAAGAUGCUUGAA